AUGUGGCGUUUUGCACUGCUAUUUUUCAUAUAUAUUUUAUUAUCCAAAUUUUUGGAGCCGAAUUGUGAGCAAAACUCGAAAUGCCUUUGUGAAAAUCACAAUUUCUGCUACUCGCCUUCUCUUCUUCAACAAAACACCUCAACAAUUAUUGGCAAAAAAUUCGAUUGCUCAUAUUUGACAACUUUGAAAAACCUGGGAGUCCUGUUGCAAGAAGGUUUUGAGGACACUUCAAAAGUCUCCAGGGAGCCGGAAAAUAUUGUAUUUUUAUCAGCAACUUCGGAUGAUCAUUUGAAAUUUACCAGGAAAUCUGUGGGUUUUUUUUUCUAAAAAAUUAUUUUUUAUGGAGCUCUGAAAUGAACUCUAACUUUCAGAUCGAAUCAAUUCGAAAAUCAUUUCCAAAUCAGAAAUAUAUCCUAUACAAUCUUGGAAUAUCCGAUCGAAAUUCUCAAAAAUUAUUAAAAGAUUUUGAAAAUAUUGAGAUUCGCAAGUUUGAAUUUGAAAAAUUCCCAAAACACGUUGGAAAUUUGAUGGAAUAUCGAUGGAAACCUCUGAUAAUUGCUGAAGUUUUGAAAGAAUAUUCAAAUGUUUGGUGGAUGGAUGCUCAUAUUAUACUGAAUUCUGAUGAAAGAAAUUUGACAAAUCGGAUUUAUGAGGAGCGAGCUAGUGGAGUUCGGCUAACUUCUGAUAUCGUUUUCACAAUUACUACAAUGCAUAGUAAUUUUGCGGUGCUUCACCCAAAACUUCUUGAAUAUUUUCCAUCAUCGAUUUAUUUUCUGAAAAAAAGUGCGCAACUCGGCGCGAAUUUUAUGUAUUUUGCAAGAACUCGUGAGUCUUUGGAAGUUGUCAAGUGGUGGAUUCUUUGUGCGUUGGAUGAGCAAUGUAUGGGUCCGGAGGGUGCGAAAAUCAAAUGUAAAUUCGAUAAAAAAAAUAAGUAUGACAUUAAUGCGAAUUGUUUCCGAUUCGAUCAAUCGGUGUUGAAUUUAUUGUUGUUGAAUCGAUUUCGAGAUCAUAAUAAGUAUCGGAGUGCGAAUGGAUUUGCCAAUUCGCAUUAUUAA